GCACAAGACGCUCCGAGAGACGGACUGGGACAGACUGGGACAGACUGGGACAGACUGGGAUCAUGGAGUCAAACUGGAGUAAUCUCCCCUGACAAAACACUGCAGACAGCAUGGACUCUGAGUCUUUGGACGUGUGCGUCCAGAAGGCGCUGGCCGCCGUCUACCCGCCCUUCCAGGCCUCGGCCCCCACCCUGCUGCCUCAGGUCCUCGCUGUGGUGGACAGCUGUUACCGUGGAGACGGCCUCCGCUGCCUCUUCCACUUCCUGCUUCCUUCCAAGCACUUCCUGCACAACCUGCAGCAGGAUGCCUGCGCUCCGUUCUCCGGCCUGCUGUUCCGUCAUCCCGGCUGGCCUCUCUGCCUCCAUGAGAGGAUAGUCGUCCAUCUUUGUCCUCUGGAGCCGCUCCUCCUCCAUCCAGGAGACUUCUACCUGCUGCUCUCUCCUCCUGCGGCCUGCGGCGCCCCUGUGCCCCCCCGCCUGUUCCUGGUCAGCGCGUCAGCGGGUGGCCGCCAUGCGGAGCGGCAGGAGGUGCCGGCCCGGGCCCUGACCUCCAUCUUCAGCAUGGCCUGGCUGGACGCCGAGAACCGGGAGCGUGAGCGGCGCGGCGCUGCCGGGCUGCGGCGCUGCGUCCUGUCCGCCCAGGGCGACGUCUUCAGGGUUCCCUGGGAGGACGUCGUCCACCCGCAGUUCAUCAGCCGCUCGCGCAGCUCCGCCCCCUCCAGGACGGACGGGAAGCUCCUCCCCCUCUCAGCUGCACCCAGCCAGUCAGCAGCCAGCAGCGACGACUCGGAGGGCGAGUAUGUGGAGCUGACCGAGCUGCUGCCACCGCAGCAACCAGCACCGCCACGCUUCUCCCCACAGAAAGGAUCCCUGACCCAGUCCAUCAGCCUGCAGAACCGGACCAGAACCACAACACACUCCAACACACACCCGUGGGCCGCCCAGGCCAGCUCACACACCCUGCAGUGCUUCAGCCUGCUGGAGGAGAACUUCAGUCCCUCCUCCUCUUCAGGAGGCCAUGGCGCAGCAGGGAGGAGCAGCAUGCAUGCUGCAGCUGCAGGAGGUGAGGAAGAGGAGGAGGCAAAGCAUGACAGAGAUGAAGGUUUGGAGUCAGACUGUGCAGAAAGAGAGGAGCGACUGCAGCAGGAGAGGAGGAGCGAUGAAGAGGAGGAGGUUCUGGGAAGAAAGGAGGAAGUGAUGAAAGUUGAUCAGAAGGAAGAAGGAAAAGUUAAAGAGAAAGAGACAAGAUGUGAAGAGUACACAACUAAAGACUUUUACUCUGAAAUUAGCAAACUAAUGCACUCUGCAGACUCUUAUUCUGAAAGGUUAAGGAGAAAACUAAACCCGGAAGAUUCGUACUGUAAAAACAUGACUGAAAAUACACACACAGAAGACUUUUGUUGUGAAAGUAUCACAGAAAAAAUCCUCCCAGAGGACUCUUAUUCUGAAAAUAUGUCAGAAAAAAACAAACAGGGUAACUGUAAUUAUCAAGAUAUGGGAGUAAAUAUGCAUCUGGUAGACUCUUACUCUGAAAAGCUAACAAGAAAAACAAACUUGGAGGACUUUUAUUCUGAAAAUAUUAUAGAGAAAAUAAACCCAGACGACUCUUGUUGUGAAAAUAUUAGCCAAAAAACAACACACCCAGAUUUUCAGUGUAAAAGCAUCACAGAAAGCGAACUUUCAACUGAGUAUUAUUUUGAAAAUAUUGCUCUAAAAACAACCUCUGCCUGCUCUUUUUCUGAAAAUGAGACACGGGAAACUCUCACAGAUGACUUUUAUUCUGACAGCAUACUGCAGACACAGUCUGAAGACUCUUAUUUUGAAAUUGGCUCCUUUCAAAUACCCUCUGAGUCAAAGAGGUUAAAUUCUGGGCAUGUUUUCCCCGACGACUUUAAAACUGAACAAAGCCUCCUUAAAUCCGAGGACUCUUAUUCUGAAAAGCUAAUACAACAAACACUACCUGAAGACCCUUAUUUUGAAGAUCCAGCACAACUAACACUACCUGAGGACUCUUAUUCUGAAAAACAAGAACAACUUGAUGACUCUUAUUCUGAAAAUCUGAUACAGUAUAAAAAGUCUUAUUCUGAAAAUGCAACACAAGAUAACGACUCUUAUUCUGAAGAUCCAGCACAGCUAACACUACCAGAGAACUCUUAUUCUGAAAACCAGACACAACCUGAGGAUUCCUGUUCAACAACAAAACAACUGGAUGACAUUUAUUCUGAAAAACAAAUGCAGGACUCUUAUUGUGAAGAUCCAGCAGAGUCUGAGGAAGCUCCUCCUGCGUUCAGUGAAGGGCAGGAGAACCUGGGGAAUGAAGAGGAGCAGACUGAUGGACGAAGAUCUGCAGAUCAUCAGACUGAAGGUUCCAGCUGUGAAGGUUCCCAUGUCCAGUUACACAUCAACGCUGGUUCUGGUCCAAAAGAACCAGAAAAACCCUUAGCUUCCCCAAUCCAGUCCAGGUUCCAGAGUGAGCUGCUGCGGUCUGGAGCUGUGUGCCUGCCUGGAACCACAGACCGAGCAGGGCGGGUUCUUCUCACCGUCUCCACCUGCAGCCCCGUGUGGUCGGACCCAGACUGUCAGAGCGCCGAGCUGCUGCGCCUGAUGCGCUACUACACCUCCACCCUCAGGGCGGAGGCUCGAGCCCUGGGGCUGACGGUGUUGGUGGAUGCUCGGAGAGCGGCUCCUGCAUCUGCCCUCUUCUCUGCCCUCCAGACGCUGCAGGAGGACUCGCCCAGCUCCAUCCACUCAGUUCUCAUCCUGGCUAACAAAGACGCAUCACUGCAGCUGGAUAGAGCUGCUGCUCAGGUGGAGGUGCUGAACUCCCUGAAGUCUCUGCAGAGACACGUGGAUCUGCAGCAGCUUCCUGUAGAGCUUGGAGGCUCAUUGAGCUUCAGCCAGAGCAGCUGGAUCAGCUUCAGAUCGAGGGUGGAGCAGCUCUCCAGGCAGUGCAGCAGCGUCAUCCAUCUGCUGCAGGAAACCAUCAGCAACCUGCAGAGCACACCUUUACCUGCUGUUGCUGAGGUAAUGGGGCAGGAUGCAGAGCAGCUACUGUCCAGCUGCAGGGCGGCGAUGUGCAGCACCUUGAAAGACGCCCGCUUGGUGCAGCUGCAGCAGGCGGGCGGGGCCUCUCUGGCCUGGCUGCGCAGGGAUGAGGUGAGCGGCGCGGCGGCAGAAUGGCGGGCGGCAGUGGAGGCCGCGGCGUCGCUCUACGAUCAGGUGGACGAGCUGCUGCACCGCCUGGUCACUCUGUCCAACGCCAGGACGCAGGAGCUCAGCUUCAUCACCGAGUUCAGGGACCUGGAGCGCGGCUUCAGCCAGGUGAGGGCGUGGCUGGAGCAGGAGGGCGAGCUCCGUCUGCAGUGUCUGAAUGAGCCGGCGGACUCUCUGGAGCUGCUGAGCAGGAAGCAGCAGGACUUCAAGGAGUUCUACGCCGCCGCUUACGAGCGCUGCAAGCAGGGCGAAGCUCUGCUGAGCCGGCUGGAGCGCUGGGGCGACAUCUCUAAUCCGGACCUGCACGCCUACGAGGUCAAAGUUCACUCCUUCUGGGCCCAGCUGCAGGACUUCUCCCAGCGGGUCAAAAGCACCGAGCAGAACAUGGAGCGGGCCGUGCAGCUGUACCGCUUCCUGGACCAGGCCUACGGCUGGGCGCUGGAGGGCCUUCGCCAGCUGGCCUGCGUCUCCAUGGAGGAUUGCACGACGCCGGACAAAUGCUGUGCUGUGAUUGGCUGCCUGGAAGACUACCGGUCCAAGCACCCGCCAAUCCCAGAGAGCCUCUUCCAGGCGAUGAAGGCGGAGGCGGGGCAGCUGCGGGGGGAGCGCGGCCUCCGCCAGUGGAGCUUCGCCUGGUCCAAGUGUCAGGAGACGGAGAACACAUUUGACAGGAAGAUGGAGGCGGCGCUGCGGACUCGGGACUCCGCCCACCGUUGCCGCUCCGACUCUGUCAUCAGCACAAGCUCCGCUUCCUCCAGGAAGUCCGGGCUGUGGGGAAUCCUGGACACAUUGCCGCCCAUCCCGCAGCGCACUCCGUUCCUGCGGCGCCUGCUGCGGAGCUCCUCCUCCUUCGAAGAGUCGGUGCGGCAGGACGUCUGCUCCCCCGGCUUCAUCCCGCCCUCCUGUUCCUCCUCCUCUUCCUCCAGGAGGCAGCUUCUGAGGAAAACCCACAGCUUCGACCGCCCGGCCUCACCCGACACGUCGCGCUGCGGCGCCGGCCCUCGCACCCUCAGCAAGCCGCCGCGCAGAGGAAACACGGGCGUGUUCAUCCGCGGCCUGGAGGUCAGCAGCACGGAGGCAGUGGAUCGGACGCUCCGGCCCAGAACCCCGGGACAGAACUGGGCGGGUCCACGGAGCCCCGGGACACCAGGGGGCGCCGCAGGGGACGGCCGACCCCGAGGAAGUAAACUGCGGCACAUCGUGGAGGAGAUGGUGACCACGGAGCGGGAGUACGUCCGCUCGCUGCGUUACAUCAUCCAUCACUACUUCCCAGAGAUGGAGCGCGCCGACCUUCCUCAGGACCUCAGAGGGAAACGCUCCGUCAUCUUCGGCAACCUGGAGAAGCUGCUGGACUUCCACAGCCAGUUCUUCCUCAGGGAGCUGGAGGCCUGCUGGAAGCACCCACUGAGGGCGCCACACUGCUUCCUCAGACACCAGGAGCAGUUCGGCCUCUACGCUCUCUACAGUAAGAACAAACCCAAAUCUGACGCGCUGCUAGCGAACCACGGCCACGCCUUCUUCAGGAGGAAGCAGCUGGAGCUGGGCGAUAAGAUGGACCUGUCGUCCUACCUGCUGAAGCCCAUCCAGAGGAUGAGUAAAUACGCCCUGCUGCUCUCUGACCUCACCAAGGAGGUGGGCGUGGCUCAGGAGGCGGAGCUUACCGCGCUGCAGGACGCCACCGACAUGGUCAAGUUCCAGCUUCGCCAUGGCAACGACCUGCUGGCCAUGGACGCCAUCAGGGAAUGCGAUGUGAACCUGAAGGAGCAGGGUCAGCUGAUCCGGCAGGACGAGUUCACGGUCUGGAGCGGCAGGAGGAAAUGCCAGCGCCAUAUCUUCCUGUUCGAGGAUCUGCUUCUGUUCAGCAAGCCCAAGAAGAUGGAGGGCGGGCUGGACGUCUUCAUCUACAAGCACUCCUUCAAGACAGCAGACGUGGGCCUGACCGAGUCCAGCGGGGACGACGGGCUCCGCUUCGAGAUCUGGUUCCGUAGGAGAACCGCCAAGAACCAGACCUUCGUCCUGCAGGCCGCCUCGGCCGACGCCAAGCACGCCUGGACCGCCGACGUCGCCCGCAUCCUGUGGAGCCAGGCGGCCCGCAACAAAGAGUUGCGUCUGAAGGAGAUGGUGUCGAUGGGAGUGGGGAACAAACCGUUCCUGGACAUCCAGCCGAGUGACGCUGCCAUCAGCGACCGGGCCGUCCAUUACAUCAUGAAGCCCAGAGGCGCCAGAACCAGGGCAUCCAUCGCUGUGGUGACCUUUGACCACGCCCACCCGUUCAGCAGGGCGGCGGCCCCGGAGGCGGCAGCAUCAGGACCGUCGUCCUGCAGCCUGCUGGGACCACUCAACCUGCACAUGUUCAGCCCCUCCGCCCUCCCGGCCGACGCCUCCUUCAGCUCCUCCUGCAUUGAGGAAGACGAGCAGGAGCAGGAGACCAACAGCCAGCCCUCCAUGACCACCGAGAGCUCCGGCUCCUCCUCCCACUGCCUCUCCGGCUCCACCGGCUCCGACAGCGGCUGCGCCUCCUCCCACCUGCAGGACGAGCCCCGCCCCUACUCCGGAAAACGCCACGGCGACGGCGCCUUCGUCUUGGCUGAAGCCGCCACCGUCGUCUGAUGCCACUUCACAGGUUCUGACGCUUCCAGGAGGAACGUUGGUUCUACUUCCUGUAAAUAUUCCUGUUCAGUCCGGUCAGCAGGUUCCUCCAGAACCGGUCCGGUGGUCCAGAACCGCCCUGGUGGUCCAACUAUACGUGUGUAAAUAUUCCUCAGCUGAGCGUUGCUGGCUCUUUUCUAACCUCGUUAAUAAACACGUUUGAUGAAAAGCUCA